AUAAAGAACAAGAAGUGGGAAGAUUUAUCAGCAGGUGCAUGUUUGCUUCAGACACAGACGUGAAACAGAGGAAAGGACUGAGCAGAACACUGUGAACACUUGUGGACGGCUGUGGACUGUCUGUUCUUUGCAUCACAGUUGGGCUCACAUCAUAAUCAGUGCAGUCAUGUCGUCGCUGUGCCUCAGCAGUGUCCUGACCCAUGCAAACCUCACCAUGUACCAAAACGGAGCUCCUGACGUCCUGCCCCCCCCUCCUGCUUCACUGCCCAGCAUCAACAGCCUGCACAUCAGCAACAUGUCAUACACGCCCAGCGCCAACGCCCAGUGGUACCGAGACGUCAACCCACACUGCUGGACAGCAGACAAUGUUCUGAAGUGGAUCAGUGACAAUGCUGACAGCAUCAGCUUUGAUGCCAGUACAUUGAGCCUGGACUACUGCGCCAUGGACGGCCCCGCCCUCUGCCAGAUGAGCAGGGACGACAUUACGGGGGUCUUCGGUCCACAACUGGGCCCCAACCUCCACCACAGUCUACAGGAACACAAGGCCAAAUACGAGCUGCAGAGUCUGUCUGGACCAGAGUUGAAUGAGACCUGCAGGCUCCUGGACAACUUCCUGGACAACCUGAAGUUUCCUUUACUCAGCAGCAUCGUCAUUGGCCAAGCUGAAGAAGUCAUCCCCAAAAGAGAGUUGGACUAUGGAGACGAUUAUGAGCUGAACAGCCUGACCAUGGACACUCUGGCAGAUGCAGAGUACCUGUCAGACAAUCUGUCUGACAGUGAAUACAGCUCCUCCUCUGGCAGUGGAAUGUUUUCCUCCUCCAGCCUCGGCUCUCCAGAGUCUGGCAGCUGUGAAUCUGAUCCAGAGUUUCCCUACCCUCUGACUUCAAAGGUCCACAUCAAAUCAGAGAAAGUUGAGUCUCGACUGAAGCGACCACGGGGUCGACCUCCAAAAACCAGCAGAGAAUUCAGCAGCACCAUCUACGACAGUCCCAAGAAGAGCAAACAUGCACCUCGUGGAACUCACCUGUGGGAGUUCAUCAGGGACAUUCUGAUCCAUCCAGAGAAGAACCAAGGCCUGAUGAAGUGGGAAGACCGAAGGGAGGGGGUCUUCAAGUUCCUUAAGUCUGAGGCUGUGGCACAGAUGUGGGGUCAGAAGAAGAAGAACAGCAGCAUGACAUAUGAAAAGCUCAGCCGGGCCAUGAGGUACUAUUAUAAGAGGGAGAUCCUGGAGCGAGUUGAUGGGAGGAGGCUUGUUUACAAGUUUGGAAAGAACUCCAGUGGAUGGAAGGUGGAGGAACUGGGCAUGUGACUAACCCCACCCAACAAUGGUCACGGACGGCUGAACAGAACCCUAACCCUAACCAGCCCAUUGUACAAGUGUGUCAGGAACAGCAAAUGGCCUGAAUGGAAGGUCGCUGCCACAAAAUGUUUAAGACACUAACUUCCUCUGUAGAGGAAGGUGUUACAGAAACUGUAAGCCAGUGUUUUUGGCUCUAGUAGGUUUUAUGAACCAACAUAUGUUGUACUGGUCUUUUUUUUUUGUCUUUUUUCUACUGUACAGAGAAUUAUAUCCAGUGUUUUCUGUUUGUUUGUUUGUUUUUUAAAUUUUCUGCAGUGAUGGAAGUUUAAUACCAUCUGAAUUGUUGGCAAAUAGGCAUUAAUAUAUUAAUAACUGUAUUAGGCCACUACAAACGUCUUCUUUUUUUUAUUUUACUUUUUUUGCUGAUGAUUGCUGUCAAAGAGCUAAUAACUGAGUUUUCCAAGCCUUAAAGUGACUUGGACUGAGUUUGGUAUUGAGUGAACUCCAUAUGAAGGGAAGGGGAAGGAAGGAAGGAAGGAAGGAAGGAAGGAAGGAAGGAAGGAAGGAAGAAAGAAAGAAAGAAAGAAAGAAAGAAAGAAAGAAAGAAAGAAAGAAAGAGUCCACAGUAAGGAUGUGUUGUUGGCCUGACUUCUUCUAAAGUGUGUUUACUAUCCCUUUAAGUAGCGUCUAGUGUGAGACUGAUUCAGCCAUGUGCCUGUAAGUCUUAUAUAUGUCACUGCAUCCUGUAGAAAUGAUUUGCAUGAAUCAGUCAUAAAUGUGUUGUGUCCUGUUCAUGCACUUAUUUCAGUGUAAUUCUUCCACUUCGCUGUCAUCUUAUGUACAAUAUGUGGAGUAAGUUUUAUAUCAUUUAUGGUAUCUCUUAAUGUAUGACAUAUUGUUUUAUGAAAAUGCUUUUCUAUAGAAAUAAAAUUUGACAUUUGUUGAGCUGUUGUUUUUAGUUUUAUUUGUGCUUUGUGGAACAGUCCUAAAAGGUGGAAUAUGUAAAUAUCAAAAAUGAUUGUAAGUAGGUUGUGACACAUGAAUAAAAAUAGCAGUUAUCAACA